AUGGCGUCGGCGAGCAAUGUCUCGAGGUUGGAGCAACAUAUUCCAGCGGACGAACUACCGCAGACGAUUACCGAUGCUAUGUGGCUUACACGGAGGCUCGGCCUAUCGUUUCUGUGGGUAGACCGCCUCUGCAUCGUUCAAGACGACGAGGCGGAGAAGGAUGAGCACGUUCGCAACAUGGCCUACGUCUUUGCAAAUGCGUACCUCACAAUCAUCGCCGCCUGUGGGAACGCGAAUGCGCGGCUCGGCGGACUUGAUAAAAAGUCGGUCCCGAAGACAAACAAUAAAACGCCGAGCGCGUCACACCUCGAUCUCGUAGCUGAGUCGAAAUGGAACUCCCGAGCGUGGACCGUGGAGGAAGCCUUAUACCCCCGAGCUUUUGCUGGCGUCACCUCCAUCCUCUCCAAAGUUUUCACGGGCGGGUUAGUCUGGGGCCUGCCAGUCAUGUUCUUGGAGGCUGCUCUGUUGUGGCAGCCGCAGGUGUCGAUCCGGCGCAAAGUCCUCCCGUUGGGGGCUUCCCAACUCAAUGCCCUACCGUCGUGGUCGUGGAUGGGCUGGUAUUUCGACGGCAUACCUGUCGAUAUCCUCUUGUGGAGGGCCGCCGGCGACUAUGUGGAGUCAUCUGCGCCGGUCAAGCGCGUGACCCGCCUCGCUUCAAACGGGCUCCAGUACCGAGGCAAGUCGUCUCGAAGGUUAAAUCCCUUGCCCGACGGCUGGUCGCGUGUCGGCGCCGACUUCAAGCAUGAAUCGGAUCCCACCACCAUCUUCCGCUAUCCAGUGGUAGUGCCGCCCACCAAAGGUCCGGAGCAGCUUGUCAUGGCCCCCUCCCUGCCUGGAACCUUUCUCUCCUUCUCGACGACUCGCGGUUUCUUCGACGUAAAGAUUAGCCGUAAUCAGGAAUUCCAGGGGCGCUCAAACCCACCCAUAGCCAUUGGAAAUAUAUAUGAUCGGAGCGGGCGCUGGGCUGGCCAAUUCCGCGGCCAUGAUUCCUGGCUAGGUAUCCAAUCCUCAAACCACGAUGGUAACGAGAAGCUUGAGUUCAUCGCCGUGUCUGAGGCAUCCGAGCGCGGUGGCUCACACGUGUUUGACCCCGAAUAUCUAAAGGACGUCCAGGAUUCGAACGGGAACAUUGAUUACGUCAAUGUGUUAUGGAUCGAGCGCGUAGGGGAGAUCGCGUACCGGCGUGGCCUUGGUCACAUUUCCGUGCAGACAUGGGAAGUGCAAGCUAAAGAGCAGGUUCCUAUAUUACUUGGUUAG